AUGCCUUCCGAACAAAAGCCUCUCAGCUGGUGGAAGCGCCACUGCACCCCGCCGCCAGCCAUCAACCGAACUCCCCAGUGUCCAUGUUCCGCCUGCUGGAACGGCAACGGCGAGCACUGGAAGACGACCGUUCCACAGACCACGGCGCCAAAGUACGCGUCCAUCCCGAGCCAAGCAGCAGCAAAAGAGACACGGACGAUGGCUCUGCGACGAGAGUCAGAAUCAGACCUGACACCGCUCCGCCGCGAAGAGACUUCGUCGACGACAAACCUCAGCGUCUACUCCCAAGAUAGCAACGCCAGUUCAGACCGCGCCUCUGUCACCGACGUUCACCGCCUAGCUCUGGGAAAGGAAAUCGUCUAA